UUCAUUUAGUUAAAAAAUGUUAACAAUCAAUGACGGUCUCGGAAUAAGUUAACUUUACGUGCACUCCGUCAAAAACAUCAAAAAUUGAAAAAAAAAAAAACCUAUCGACACACGAACUUGAACUCAAAAUUAAUUUAUUAGGCAAAAACUGGUAUACUGGUUAAAAAAAAUUGGUUUUAAUGAAAAUAUUUUAACGAGCUAAUUAGAAAAUAUACGCGAAAAAGAUUAUGGAGGACACGAAAAGCGGUGAAAUAAAUAAAGCCUUUUCCGGUGAUGAGAUCCUUGAAAAUGGCGCCGAAACACAUAAGACUGAUUUCCAAAUAGAGGAUAUUACUAGUAAUGUAAAGGAGCAUAGCAAAAUAAAGCGUAUUGUGAUGUCCAGUUUGGUAUGGUUGAUCCAUAUUGUGGUGGGAUCGUAUUUUGGUUAUGCCACACAUUAUUAUAUACGUGAAUAUAACAACCACCAUUGCGAUUGGGCCUGGCCAAAAGAUCCCACAUAUUGUCCCAUGCGAUUUUGUAGUGGCUAUGGAUUCCUGAUAUUAUUCCUUGGUUUUAUCUAUUUCGGUUUAGUUUAUUACAAAAUAUUUAAGCCAACAAUAGGUCGUAGAUUCCAUCGCCAAUAUAUGGUGCCAUUUGAUAAAUGGUGGAUGGUUUUCAGCAGGCAGAGAACAAUAUCGGCGAUAUUAUUUGCUAUUUUACUGCUCGCUCUGGCCAUAUUCUUAUAUUUCGAAACCAGAGAUGAACCACAAAAAUUAACCUCACUAGUGGCGCCAUGUUUCUUCAUACUCUGUGGCUAUAUAUUCUCCACAGAUCGUUCGGCCAUCAAAUGGCGUGUGGUCAUUACCGGUAUAACGUGUCAAUUUAUAUUGGGCGUUAUCUGCAUUCGCUGGAGUGUUGGGCGCAGCAUCUUUGAAUGUGUUGGAAACAAGACAGCCACAUUUCUGGCAUUUGCCGAUGAUGGUAGUCGUUUUGUUUAUGGCGAUAAUAUCGUCAAUCAGGGCGUCUUUGCCUUUGCCAUUUUAUCGGUGAUAUAUUUCUUUAGUUUCUUUAUUUCCAUUCUGUACUAUAUGGGCGUGAUGCAAUGGGUUGUUAUGAAACUGGGUUGGAUAUUGGCACAAAUUUUGGGUACCACCGUGUGUGAAAGUGUCAAUGCGGCAGCCAAUAUUUUCUUGGGCAUGUCCGAGAGUCCUCUUCUGAUUCGGCCAUAUAUUAAGGUGUUAACUGCCAGUGAAAUACAUUCCAUUAUGGUAUCGGGAUUUGCAACGGUAUCGGGUACAGUUUUGGCAGCAUAUCUUAGCUUUGGAGCUUCCCCAGCACAUUUGAUAACAUCGAGUGUAAUGGCAGCCCCGGCAACAUUGGCAAUAUCGAAAUUGUAUAUGCCCGAAACGGAGGAGAGUAAGACGGCAGCCGAUAACAUACAACUGGAAAAGACAGAGGAUUCUUCCAUAUUGGAUGCGGCCUCAAAUGGGGCCAAUAAUGCAAUACCAAUUGUUUUGGGUAUCUCAGCAAAUAUUAUUGCAUUUGUUGCUUUUAUUGCCUUCCUCAAUGCUGUUGUGAAUUGGUUUGGCUCAUUGGUGGGUCUGGACUUUAUUGACUUUGAAUGGCUAUUUUCGAAACUUUUCAUACCCCUUGCCUGGGCCAUGGGUGUGCCAUGGGACGAUUGUGAUGAAGUUGCCAAAGUUGUGGCAACUAAAACCAUCAUCAAUGAAUUUGUGGCCUAUGAAAGAUUGGGGGUACUAAUUACAAAUAAUAUUAUUAGUGCUCGUAGUGCUGGUAUAACAACCUUUGCCAUAUGUGGUUUUGCAAAUCCCAGUUCUUUGGGUAUUUUAAUUGGUUCCUUGGGCGCCAUGGCUCCCAAUAGACGUGGUCUAAUUACAUCUGUGGCCUUUAGAGCCUUUGUUGUGGGCAGUAUAGUGUGUUUUGUGUCAGCCAGUUUUGCAGGUAUUCUAAUGCAAGAAGAGGAAGAGAGUCGAGUUUAUGAGCGUAUCCUUAGUGUAAUGCAAAUGAAAAAUGUUACAAUAGGCAUUAUUGAAAGUCAAUAAUGAAAAUGUAUUAGCAAACUAUUAGUGAAAUAAUUAUCCAUGUCUUGCCUGGUAUGCAAAUGUCAAAAAAAAAAACUUGUUAAUAUUUAAAAUUAAAAUCUAUACUAAAAUCUAUAGAAGGAUAUAAGACUUUAGUUCAUAAGUUACUUAUUUAAGCUAUUUAUUUAAGUAUAAUUUAAAAACGGAUGUAUAUACUAAAAUAGAAAGGAAAACAAGUUUGUUGUAUUGUUAUUUUAAUAAACAUUUGUCAAUAUUGUGUUUUAUACAAUUUAAUAA